GGCAUACUUGUCACGGGGAGUGGUUUGCAUAUUAAUAAAACAGUGUAUAUGUAAGCCUUUUCCACUGAGGCCGGCACUCAGAGGGAGUCCUGUGCACGGAGGAAGGGACCGUGUGUCGCAGCACCAGAGGAUCCAGCAUGCCACAGUACAAGCUGACAUAUUUCAAUCUGCGAGGACGAGCAGAAAUCAGCCGUUACCUGUUUGCCUAUUCGGGCAAGAAGUAUGAAGACCACCGGAUAGAAGCAGCAGACUGGCCCAAAAUCAAACCAACUAUCCCGUUCGGCAAAAUCCCCAUUCUGGAAGUAGAUGGAGUUAUCAUUCACCAGAGCCUGGCAAUAGCAAGAUACCUUGCCAGAGAAUCAGGUCUGGCAGGUCAGACGCCCGUGGAACAGGCACUAGCUGAUGCCAUUGUGGACACCAUAGAUGAUUUCAUGACGCUGUUCCCUUGGGCAGAGAAAAACCAGAACGUGAGAAAACAAGCAUUUGAUGAUAUCCUCACCAACAAAGCACCUGAGUUACUGAAAGAUUUGGAUACUUUCUUAGGGGAUAACAACUGGCUGGUAGGGAAGUCUGUAACAUGGGCUGACUUCUACUGGGAUGUGUGCAGUACCACACUUCUGUCGUGUAAACCUGACCUGGCAGACAACUACCCCAGGCUUUUGGCUCUCAGAGAGAGAGUGCAAGCACUUCCAGCUAUUGCAGCCUGGAUCCAGAAAAGACCGAAGACUAUAAUGUAGAUCAGCUGUUCAGACUGGAAAAAACAAAUUUGUGUUCAGUUUUCUACAUGACAAGUGUCCUAAGUUAUUAAUUUAGAAGCUUAUAAAUUAAUUUCAGAUGAGUAUGCUAUACCAAAUCAAAAUCUACCACUUGUAUUCAUUUAUAGGAGAGAAUCUAAAAAGCUGAUUUAGUAAAGCCUGAGGGGUGUGGUUCCAGCCACAUUCCCUCCCUACCAAUAAAGUGCUUGAUCAACCUAA